UUUAAGUAAAGCUUCUUUAUAACCUUUUUCCGCGGCUUGAAAUACAUAUUCAAGAAACGUAUAUAUACCAUAUGUUGUUGUGUACGAAUGGGGGAUGGACGAAAACUGAAGACAAAGUUUGUACAGUGAAAAACGCGUAAAAUAACUAGUAAAUAUUAAAUACUUUAUCGAGGAAUUCUCCAAGCGAGCAGAUUCGUAUACCUGUAUACCAUCACUACAGUAAUCUCUUAGUCGUACUAACGUCAGAUCAAUGUAACAAAACUAUUUUAAUGCGAAUUUUGGAUGUGAUCCUGAUGCAUUUUUGGGCGUUUGCGUCGCAUUACGAUUUCACAUUGUUAUUUCCCCACUGACAGUUCGAAACUCUUGAGACAGCAGUAAUUGAUUACGAAGAUGGGCGAUAUUAAAUAUUAUGGAAAGAGGAGAAGUAUCAUAAGGAGAAUCGGAUCUUUUUUACCAUUAAAACCUCCACCAAAAAUAUAUGUCAGUGUGACACCAUUACAUUUGAUGACAAAUUCGAUGAUUAAUGAGGAAACUAGCAAUUAUGUUGAUACGAAUGGAUAUCCUAUGAGCUUUUCUGGCAGCAGGUCUGAUCUAUUAGAACCAAUUAGUUUUGGAUCUGAAGUACGAUUACUCGCACUAGAGCAAGAAUUACAAGAGCUCAGGGAACAAAUUUCAACAAUCGUGAAAAAUAAUAAAAUGUCCAAAUAUGCAUCUGUUGCGUCUCUGCCCAAUGGAGCAGAUGAUCUAAAGCCAAUGCCACCGCCACCUCCACCUCCACCGCCAUUUCCACUUCCACUUCCACUUCUGCCACCUACAACACCGCAUAUUGCAAGAAGAGCUAGUUUACAAGAUCACAAAAUUGAAGAUCGCAAGAAGAUACCAGUGGAUGGACAGAAAUCGACGGGUGAUAUGUUGAGGGAUAUCGAAAAUGUAAAAUUGAGACCAGUUGCAAGGUCUCCAGGUGGGCAUCCUAUACGAGUAAGACGUGAGAAUAGUCCGUGUAAUGAUUUGCAAGAAAUUUUACGAAGACGAUAUAUUGCAAUGCAAUCUCCCAAUAACAGGAAUUCAUCAGCUAAUUUAGCUAUGGACGAUUCAUUUUGAACAAAUUCAAAAUAAAUAGUCUGUAGCUAAAUAAAAUACUUUCGAGUAUUUUCAUUGUAUUAUAUAUUUAUAUGAAAAUUAGGAUUUGUACAAUAAGUAUUAUGAUCUAUCAUAUAUUUGAUUUAUCAUAGACAUUUGAAUUUUUGCACUUUGCAUUAAUCUAUAUAAGUUAAAGUCUAUAGCAAGGGACUUACAAUUAAACCAAAGAUCAAUUUUUUGCUGCACUAAUGUAAGGCCACUCAGGUAAAACUUUUCUUCUAAUAAGAAAAUUAUGGUAAACAAUUUUUUGAUGAUUUAAAAAAGCCAUUUAGUUUGUAUUUUUAAUUACAGUGAUUAUUCUAAUAUAGUAAAUAAGGCUGUUAAUAUUGAAAUCUCGAGUUAAUCGAUUUUUCGUACAAGAUCUAUUUCUAAGAACUUUAUUGCUUGAAAUAAAUAAACUUGAAAUAAAUAUUUUUGUGAUAAUUUG